AUGUCUAACUACGAUGAAAGAGAUAAAUGUCAUUUCUACUAUAAGAUUGGUGCCUGCCGUCACGGAGAUCGUUGUUCUAAGAAACACAUUCGCCCUGUUAUUUCCGCCACCGUUUUGGUACCAAACAUGUAUCGUAAACCAACUUCAGAUGAUCCACAAGAGAUACAAGAGGACUUUAAUGCAUUUUUCGAAGACGUCUACAUGGAAGGAGCUCGUUUCGGCGAGCUUCAAGCAAUGGUGGUGUGUGAAAACAAAAAUGACCAUUUGAACGGUAAUGUGUAUCUCAAAUUUGCGACGCCAAAAGAGGCACACGCCGUUAAGGAUAGCUUCAACACUCGCUGGUACAACGAAAGGCCACUGUAUUGUGAGUUUUCGCACGUAUCCGAUUUUCGGGACGCAAUCUGCCGGAAACACGAUAUGCAAUCUUGCGAAAGAGGUGAUGAAUGUAACUUCAUGCAUGUACAGCGGCCUAGCCAGGGCUUCCUUAAAGACCUAGAAAGUGCCCAAUGGAGACAGAAACAAAUGAACUAG